AUGUCUCUCCCUUCGACACCCAAAACUCCGAUUCGGGCAAUCACCUCGACGCUCAUAAAUCGUGCCUCGCCGAGCGUUCCACCAGCGUCGCAAAAUUACGAGCCUCUCGUUAAAUCCGUCCUUGCAUACCGCCUUUCGCGCUUGUUUUUGCAGUCAGCGACGGUCUGUUGGGCUACCCAGUCAGUAUGGAGUAUCUGGCAGAGUGGUGGAAUCGGUGAAUUGGGUCUAUAUGGCAUCCUCCUCGUGCCUUUUAGACCUGUAACGUUGUUGGGGGCAUUCUUGCUUUGGAUUGCGGCAUCUGUACCUGUCGUGGUUCUCAGAAAGACGUUCAUUCACUCUGAAAGAACACCUGCAACUUCGCCUCAUGCUUCACUGAAAGCUGCCCUGUCGAAAAGCAGUACAAAACCCGCUUUGUUCACGUAUUUGGCCUCAGCGACUAUCUUGGUAGUCGUGCACGCUGUUCUCGCGUACGCGCUCGAAAGUGGGAGCAGAGGCGACCCCCGUCUCUCCCUGUACGUCAAGUCAAGAAAACACCCACACUACCUCAACGGACGCCUUCUGUUUUUGAUUUUCUCCCAAGCAGCAGUAUGCCUCUCAUUCCUCUUCCGCAACAUGCUUCGCGACCGAUUCGCCUACCGCUGGGUAUCAAUGAGCUCCGCUGCACCUUCAACCCUCGUCGACAUCACCGUGGCCGCCUUCAUCGCCGUCAUCUCCAUCACCUCAGCGCUCCCUAUUGCCUGCUUCACAUUCGGCGCAGCCCGCAUGCUCGUCCUCCCCGUCGUAUACAAACUCCCCUUCCUCCGCUCGCUCCUCAAACCGUUCGUCAAUCACUUUACAAAGGGUCCGUACACCUUUGUUCUGCCGCUCAAACACCUCACGCUCCUCAUCCGCGCGUGGUUCCUUGGUUUUACGACGUUCUUCCUCUGGGAGUUGUCCGAGGCCAUGUUCGAUGGUCUCAUUUCAGAGCCUGUCGCAGUUACGACCCAAGGUAGCAAGUCCAACCCUGUCGCCAACCAAACCCUCCUCGUCUCCGGUAUCACCUCCAAGGACCCCGUCAUGAAGUACUUUUCGUACGCAGAGCUUGCUGGUGUUGUGCAGAGCAAGGGAUCAACCGCAGUAGCCGAGCGACAAGCAUUAUUCGGGGACCAGAAGAACGGGUUGAAUUUGUGGGGUGUAUUCGUACGCGAGACGCUGCUGCUGUUGGGCGAAGACUACCAGCGCCUGCUUCGACGCGGAGCACCACCGCCCCCUCCCGAACCGACAGCUACCACGUCAGCCACACCGCUCACCGGGAAGAAGCUCGUCGAAGGUGUCGAGGAGAGGAUCAACGCCACGCCCGUUCCCCUCCUGCGCAGGUCGAUCUUGAGGAACCAGUCUAGCUCGGUAAUUGGAUCCCCAGGCGAAGUCGUCCUCGACCAACUGGCGUCCGACGGUCCUAUCGCUCAGGCGGUCGACAAAAGCGCUGAAGCGGCCCACCUCCCCGAUCUCUUCAAAUCCGUCUCGAGCCCACUUUCGAAGAGCAUCCUCAAGCCAGUUGCUGAAGCCGUUCCAGUGCCUGCUCCUCCUGUCCCAUCAGCAGGCUUAAUAAAGAAAGCCAGGACUGGAAUUUGCAACGCUGUGAAGAAGUCGUUCAAUGAGCAAGCGCCACCGCAGUUGAAGGAUGAGGUCGAUCAGUUUGUGCGGUGGUGGACUAUGGAUCGGGUUAGCCGAUUGGUGGACGCGAGUUUGCCGAUGAGGGAGUUGGAUGUGGUUGUUAUUGAAGUUCUAACGAAACUUGUAUGCGCUUCACUCGAAGAAGAUCGAUACGGCGUCGUCCAGCGCGAUAUCCCCAAGAUCCUCGAAUCGCUUCUAUCGUUCCUGCAAGCAGUCGAAGACUACCAAGCUGAGAUCGUGAAGAAGUACUCGCCUCCGCCGUUACCUUCCACCCAGCCCCGAGGUGCUGGCUCUGGCUCUUUCGAGACAAGCGACGGUGGGCAGGAGCAAGGCGAGGAAGAGGCCGGUCCCACGAAGAAAGAGCUUGAAGAGAGGAGGGCGAUGGAGGCGGAGUUGGAGAAGGCAACUGAUUUGUUGGGGUAUGUCGGAGAUGGCCUCAAAGACGGUAUCGCGCGCAUUGUACGAACGUUCGGUGACAAGCUCACUGCGUUCAGAUUCCCACCUCGCACGGCACAAAAGCUCCAGACUUUUAUGGAUUUCUGCCAGUAA